AUGAAUUCCGUUACAAAUCGCUAUUUGUCACAGUUGAAAGAUGCUCAUAAAAAUCACCCCUUCAUCAAGGAGUAUCAGGCAAAGUUCAUUUUUACUUUUCAUUUGAUUGCAAAAUUGGAAAACUUGCAGCCUGAGAUUAAAAAAGCAGCUGAGCGUCUUCGCUAUGAAGUGUCUGUUCGUGGAAAGCAAGUGGGCUGGUCUGAAAAGGUGGCCAGUUUUCACUUUAAGAAAAACCUACGGAGGAUUAUUACGGAGCUGUACGUCCGGGACAACUGCCAUCCCUUCAAAGCCACUCUCCUGGUGUGGGUACAGAUUCCCAUGUGGGUUUGCGUGUCCCUCGCUUUGCGCAACUGCAGCGUUGGUGCCACCUGCUCAGGAGUUCAAGAGCAGUUUUCAGUAGGAGGAGCGUUGUGGUUUACAGACCUCACGGCACCAGAUUCUACCUGGAUUUUGCCAGUUUUGCUUGGGCUGGUGAAUUUGCUGAUCGUGGAGAUCUUUGCUUCGCAAAAAAGGGAAGUUUCCAGGUUCCAGAAGCUUGCCACAAAUUUCUUUCGAGUGGUGUCUGUGGUCAUGAUCCCUGUUGCAGCAACAGUCCCAUCUUCCAUGGCCUUGUACUGGCUGGCCUCCAGCUCCAUGGGCCUCGGGCACAACCUGCUGCUGCGCUCCCCGGCCUUUCGGCGGCUGUGUUUCAUACCAAAGACCAAAUCUGACUCGGAUACUCCUUACAGGGAUAUUGUGUCUGCCUUGACCACCAGAUACAGCUUUAAGAAAUGA